AACAAUAAUCUAAGGAAUUUCGUGAGUCCGUGUCCAAGAUAAUAAUAAAUAAGAUGGAGGGUCAAUUUGUUCUGUUAAACAACUAACAAAGUAACAAGUAGCCCAUUAUAUAAGUUACACCUUAACCUAAGAUUGAAAUUAAAAAAAUUCAACUCUUGAGUCCCUUCAAAGAGCAAAAAAAAAGUUAGAAAUAAAAGCUUUUUAUCCACCUUACAAUUUAGGUUCCACACCUUACUACCUUCCAAAGCAAUACGUCCAUUAUUCUCCUAAAUAUACCAAUACCAUAAUAAUCAUAAAAAGCUUAAAAUGAAAAAUAAAAAUAAAGCAAAGUCACAUUACAUGUUUCAUAUAAAUACUCAUAACAUACCAUAACAUAAAUUUCCAUUCAACCAAGAUCUAUUGUAUAGUGCUACUUUCUUUUUAUUCCUACCAAGAGAAGAAAAUCAAUUUAUACACUAUGUCCUCCUCGACCUGCAUAUCAAGCAAUCCUAUAUACAAACCGAAAGCCAAUUCCCGGUUUUCGAAACCGAUGGAAUCUGGUGGUGUAACGGUGGUUGAUAGCAAGUCAUGCAGGCAGUUGUACUUGAGAACCGCCUACACGUUUUCGAGGCCAGAUGAGAACAAAGAGAGUUAUGGGAACAUUGAGAAGGCUAAGAAGUGCUUAAGCAGGGUAAAAGACAGAGUUACUCUGGUUUGUAAAAGAGAUUAUGAUGAUAAAAGUUAUAAGGUUAUGAUUAGGAAUAAUAAGGGUAGUAGUUUGGUGAUAUUUAGAAAGGUAAAGGAAUUUUCUUAUGCUUCUUUUUUGUCUAUGAUCCGUAGGAUGCUUUCUUGUACUGCAAAAGUUGAUGUUUCUGAGCAUUAAUAGCUUUCUUUUUCUAAUCAUACAUAGUUGUAUACCUUAAUAUAAAUCAUCUUUGAUGAAUAUGAAUAUAUAUAAUCUUGUUAUA